GGGCCGGAAAAGACGGUUGAGGCUCGUCAAAGGGAGGUGUCGUCGAGCUGAGGUUACAAUUGUUAAAAGUAUCCUGAAACAUUCCUAUAAUGGCCACUGCUCAGCUCUCUCAGCCCAUCAGAAUACACAAGGAAACAGUUUUCCCGUCCCAAAUAACUAAUGAACAUGAGUCGUUGAUAAUGGUGAAGAAACUUUUUGCCACUUCUAUCUCAUGUAUAACAUAUCUAAGGGGCCUAUUUCCAGAGAGCUCUUAUGGAGAACGCCAUUUAGAUGACCUCAGUUUAAAAAUCCUCCGAGAAGACAAAAAAUGUCCUGGGUCACUGCAUAUUAUCAAAUGGAUUCAAGGUUGUUUUGAUGCUUUGGAAAAGAAAUACCUACACAUGGCAGUACUUACACUUUACACAAAUCCUAAGGAACCUGAGAAAGUGACUGAGAUAUACCAGUUCAAAUUCAAAUACGCAAAAGAAGGAGCCACUAUGGACUUUGACAGCACCAGUACAAGCUUUGAAAGUGGGACAAACAGUGAAGAUAUUAAGAAAGCCAGUGUUCUACUGAUCCGUAAAUUGUAUAUACUUAUGCAGAACCUUGGACCCCUUCCUAAUGAUGUUAUACUUACGAUGAAACUUCACUACUAUAAUGAGGUGACCCCAAAUGAUUACCAACCUCCUGGUUUUAAAGAAGGGGUGAACUCACACUUCCUACUAUUUGAGGGGGAGCCUGUCAACUUGCAAGUGGGAUUGGUCUCCACUGGCUUUCACAGCAUGAAAGUAAAAGUCACGACUGAGGUCACCAGAGUGUCUGAUUUGGAGAACAACGUCUUUCAGGAGAACAACACUACUGAGAUCGCCCAUCAAGGCCUAGACUGUGAUGAGGAGGAGGAGGAAUGCAACAAUCAUAUUCAAAGAAUGGAUUUUGUGUACAGUCAGCAGAGUUUGGAGAGCCCCAGGAAGAAGAGGAAGGUCAGCGAGCCAGUGAAAGUCUUCGUCCCUAACAGAAAAUGAAGUUUGAUGCCUUCACUACGCUUAUAUAAAAGUAAUUGUGUCUUGCAACAAACAUGCAUGAAGUGUCUUAGCAGGAAAGUAAGUUCCUAUCACCAAAAUCUUUUUAUGGAUUUGUUGCUUAACUUUUUUAGUCAGUUUACUAAGUGCUAAAUUGCCGGGUAGGACUUGGGCUCACUUUGCCGUGAGGAAACGAGGUCACUGGAGCUGCCUUGGGAUAGCAUUGCUUCAAGGCUGAGUUAAAGAUGAGACACCCUUUAUGUCUGUAAAAGAACCGCAGCAGCUCUUUUGAAAAGCAUUAAGCUGUUCUCAAAGGAAAGAAGGGUUUUCUUUGCAUAAUUAAACUCCCCAGGCAUUUAGACUACUGUGAAAUGUUUUAGCUUGUUGUAACCUGUGCACUGGAAACCUUUUAUAGCAUUGUUAGAGCUCCCACAGAAUUGCAUAGGAUGUGUGUGGUGGUGCUUAUCCAGGCCUGAUUUAUGUGUUAACUUCAGUCACGAGGUUGAUCAGCUAAGCGUUGGACCUAAACAUACUCUCCUUGUAAAUUUCCUCAACUCUGGCGGGCCCAAGGCCUGUCUGCCCGCUAAUUUAGGGCAGGGGAAUAUGCUGCAGUUCAGGAGUCUGGCUCGCUUCUUAAGGCCAAUAUUAGAUGCCUCCCGACAAACAUUUCAGUUAUCAGUCUGCAGAUGAUGCUGUCAUACCCCUUCUUAUUCUAGAAGAAGUUUGAUAGGCUUAAUGAUUAGAAUUAAAUGAAUAAUAAAUGACUUAAAGUGUUAUUUUUAUUGUUUAUAUAACAUGGAAUUUAAUAAUUUAAAUGGAUAAGGCAAAGAUAAAUGAUCUUAAGUAUGUGUGCUUUAUAGCUAAA